AUGUUGACUGUUUCAGGUGAAUGUCGAGAACUGUCGUUUCCAGAUUCCUUCUCCUUUACAGCUAAACGUUUGCAGAACCACGCAAUAAGAACUCAACAGGUCGCAGAUGUAGAUAGCUGCGAGCUUCUUUGUUUCUGGGAAUCUAACUGCGUCAGUGUUAAUUUCAAAAAGAAAACAAGGAGCUGUGAGUUGAACAAUGCAACUCAUCGAGGGUAUGGUUAUCACCUGGAGGACGAUGCCGACUACGUAUACCAUGGAGCAGAAGUAAGAGUAAAUCAUAACAUUUACAUUUAGAUUUAGAUUUAGCCAAGCCAAAAGCGUAGCUCUCUUGGAAACUUUGAAGAAAUGUCUUUCCGAAGUAAAGUUUUCUAAGCCUGCGAUCAGUUGAAUACCGUAACUAGGCAGCGGAAAAAUUAAAUAAAACACGUCACCUCAAUGAAUUUUUCACCUGAGCCCGUGAUACAGUCAUGUGACACUGGUCAACAGAUACCCUAUUGUGACAGCUGUCAAUAGAUCAUAACAUGGAUGCGAGCAAGUAAGGCAUUUCACAUCCGCUAACAUGAACAAGCGGAAGUACGAACGGACGAUUUUGUCGGAACCAAAUUUCUUGGAUGCAUAGGUUGCAUGUCUACCAUUUACAAAAAGUUUCUAGGAAAUCCGGUUGGAUAAAGUAAAUGGAACAAAAUGUUUUGGGUAGUUCCUGCGGAUACCCACACUUUCUUUCCUGUAUUCAGAUCGGAUGCAGAAAUAGACAACAGCAUGUCUACUCGGCAGAUUUAGUCAACACAACGGCAAAGGUGAACAUGAUAGAGCGUGGAAAGGUGAAAGCGAAUUGCAGAGCUUUAAUUAGCCUCUCUGCCAUGGGUCAUUUGGUUUUUUAGAUCUGCGCGAGCCUAUGUCACUGUCGUCACAUUGUCUAAUUUGCCAUAUCUGCCGACGGUCCUUUGAUUGUGGAGGAAAUUUUGGCAUGUCUUACCCAGAGAAGUUUCGCUUUGAUUACUUAGAUUUGCUACAUCAUUUAAUACCUUUUCAUCUCAUUCACCGUUCAUUUGUUUCUUGAAAGAGUGCUUGUGACGUCAAUCCAUGCCAUAACGAAUCUACUUGCCAGUCGGGAUUUACAGACCAACGGUAUCGUUGCGUAUGUGCGCCGGGUUUUACCGGCAAAGAUUGUGGACAGGGUAAGAAUAAAUGAAUUGAAAACGAUUUUGUUUUUCUACCAUUUCUUCUAACACCAUUAACUGCAGGAUGCUGCUGAUUAAGAAUUAUUUUAAGGGCCAGGGGCCCGUUUCUCGAAAGUCCCGAUAAUUAACGGGCCCGGUAAGCGGUCUCCGUUCGCAUUAAAGAUCGAGAUUUCAAUGGUUUUGCAUCUAACACGAUAAAACUGUCAGUUAAUGAAACAAAAUGGAGUAGUUUGCUAGCCAGGACCCGCGCUCUUAUUCUUUAUAUUUCGAUUUGAAUAUUUGAUUUCGGGCCCGUAAAGUUACCGGGACUUUCGAGAAACGGGCCCCAGCUUCGAUUUCAUUUGUGUUUGUUAGGCAAAAGAAGUAAAUUAAAGCUAGGGAGUACUUUGUAUGAAUCCUUGCUCACAACUUUGUGAGGUCGUCAGGACGAACGAAAGAUCACCCGAGAACAAUUAAGGGGGCAGAAUAUUGCUUUAUAGAAAGAACAAAAAGAGAGCGCAUGACCUUCCUAGUUUACUUGGCAACCGAGGUAAAGGGGAACUUAAAUAUUCCUUUUCCCUUCUCCUGACACACAGAUUUUAGCUACACCCGCAAUUUUUUGUUACAAGAGGACAGUUGACAAAGUACUUUUUUCAUGACAAAACAAAUGAAAGAAUGAUUAUUUGUUCUUGGUUCAGAAAUAUUGUGCUUCACAGGCUGACAUGACUACGCAUUAGGCGUUGUUUCUAGACAAUUCAGUGGGAUUGCUUCGCUGUUGUUUGCUUCGUAGCUUUCAGCGAGCAACUUCUUUCAAAUUUAGUCCUGUGUCGUUUUUUAUUAUAGAGAGUUUUUUCCUUAUUUCAAAUAUUUCAAUUUGCCCAGAUAUCGACGAAUGCAGUGUCUUUUCUUCCAUCUGUGAUAUAAAUGCUAUCUGUCGGAAUAGUGAAGGAUCUUACCUAUGUUCAUGUAAGGAGGGGUUUGCUGGUGAUGGCAAGGCUUGCAAAGGUAAACUGAAUAACCUAUAACCUAUUAAAAGUAUAACAACCUAAAAGUGUAGUUCUACUAUAAACAAUUCUUAACUAUACGUACGUCUAUUGAGGAAUAACUAGACUGAUUGAAUCAUACAUAUUAGAUGAAGAUGAAAAAUAAGGAGAGGAAAAAAUCAAUGUAGGGAUAUGGUAGAUGGGUUGAAAGGAUUUGCAAAACUUUUAAAAAGAAAACAAACUGAACAUACAUUUCGUUAUAUUUUUUAAAUGCAAUAAGAUGAACAUAAUCUGUUGAUCAUUUCCUCCAGCUUACGAAACCGUUGGAUGUUAUAAGGACACCGCAAAUCGAACAAUCUCAAGUCUAGAAGGACAGGACCCAAUUUUAGAUGGACCAUUCACGGAACGAGAAAACGCCAUUUCCAAAUGCGCGUCAGCUGCCAUCAAAGCGGGUUUCAUUAUUUUUGCAAUUCAGGAUGGUGGUCAGUGUUUCUCUAGUGCCACUGCACCGCAAAUGUUUGACAAAUAUGGAGAAUCAAAUGAUUGUCAGUCUGAUGGGGAAGGAGGAGGGAUGGCCAAUCAAGUUUAUUACAUCAAAGGUACGAUAUAAUGGUCGUAGAAAAAAAAAAUACUGCUCCGGGGAGGAGCAUUACCAUAUAUGGGCUAUAUAGGUUUAUUGUUCAUCCAAAAUAUUUCGCCGUCUCUGAUUGGCUCCAAUCUUCCGGCCAUUUUUUCAUAAGCAACUGGCGCUUACCAUAUUUGGAAGAUGCGAGCAAUGUAUCAUCGAUGCGAUGGUAUAUUUAGGUUGUUCGAUGGUAUAUUUGCCUGAAAUCGAGGCUGCUUAUUAAUAAGUGACAGUAAAUUAAUAAACGGCGUUCUCGGCUUUUUUCUAAGUCUUCAGCAAAGUAUACGAGGAUUUAUGCUCACUUUACUAGAACCAAGAAAUAUUUUGACUGAAUAAUAAAACAAUUAUUGAAUUGGGCUUUCGUAUGAUGUGAAAAAUUAUGCUGAUCUCGCAGGCUGUUCUCCACCUCGGCCAAAAACAUUCUUCUCGACCUGCAUAAUUAUUCACAUCAACCUCAGCCUCAUUCAAUAAUGAUGUUUAAUGUACCACUCUGAGGGUUGUGGUUCCAAGCAGUUUAGUCUUGGAUAGGUCAUAGAAUUCCGGGCGUUUUGGUCUAGAUCGGGGUACCAUUUUCUAGGAAAAUGAACAAAUGGUUGAUGAUUUUAGUCUGGAUUUGGGAAACUGCGAAUUGACACCUAAAAGAUGAAAUCAGAAAAUUCAAAUUUACUGACAACUCAGUUUAAUAGCAAAAGCGUCGACUUCGGUAUUGUCUGGAAAUAGCGACUCAAGGAUGUGAGAGGAUUUUAAUAGAUUUAAUAGUCAGGUAUAGGGUAACAAAAGUGAGCUAAACUAGAUCUGACCAAAAGUCAAGAGAGGAUCUCUUGAUGUGCUGUAGACUAUAAGGGUUCCACGGUCCCAGCGGUAUAUCCCCCAAACUAAAGUAGCACGUUAGGAUUUGCAAACUGCAACAAUUAUCGUAUGGAAUGAAGCAGUAGGAGAGAAUUUCGCGACACAACCAGAGUCGCACUCAACAACUGAAAACGCGGGAUAGUAGUUGGGACUCCAAGAUCUCACAAAUACUGCAGAACCUGAUCGUCAAAAGUUGGUUAGCGCUUUCCACCUGAAAAACUGCUAUUCGGUGGAUGAGUAUUACGAGAACCAAUUGUGCGCUAUAAUUCGGAUAGUAUCUUAUCCAUUGGAUAGCACUUUCUACCUUUUUGACCGCAACUGGGACCAGAUCUCUUUCUGUAUAACAGCAAAAGUUUUGCUUACCGUAUUCAUUCGAUUAAACGCCCUGGGCGCUUAUUAAAUUUUUGGACAUUGAGAAUGGGCGCUUAUUCGAGGCUGGGCGCUUAUUGAAUUUUCACCAUUUUCAACAAGUAUAGUAUGUUUUCUUUGCAACAAAACAAUAAAUGGUAAUAACGAAACGCGAAGAUGUAACAAAGCAAGGUUUCUGUAAACUACCCCUACUCUGAAGAAAACUCCGUCUUCGGGGAAGUCUGUUUAUGUCAGUAUUUAUUCAAUCUCAUUGUAACCUAAGUGGGUGGGGUGGGGGUGGGCGCUUAUUAACUUUUUCCGCCUUUAUGAUGGGCGCUUAUUUGAGGUGUGCGCUAAUUCGAGGUUGGGCGCUUAUUCGAAUAAGUACGGUGUGUCAAAAGAAAAGUGGCGAAUUAAAUAAAACCUGAACACGUGUGGACGGGGCCUAAUUACGCGGGAUGACGUAGUCAGCUAACGUCAUAAAUUCGGUUAGGCAUUUCUUUCGUAUUUUUUGGUUAUUCAUUAGUACCAACGCAAAUUCCAUUUUUCAGGAUAUGAUAGCGUUGGAUGCUACAGAGAUACCGGCGAUCGCGCAAUUCCACCCCUGGAGAGGAGGGAUCCUAUUUUGGACGGACACUACCGAGUUCGAAAAAAUGCAAUUGCCAAGUGUGCGGUAGCUGCAAUAAGAGCAGGUUACAGUAUUUUUGGUGUUCAGAAUGGCGGAUGGUGUGCAUCUAGUGCUUCAGCUCCCCAAACAUUUGACAAACAUGGGGAAUCUAACUCUUGUGAAGCUGAUGGCGAAGGUGGACCUUGGGCCAAUCAUGUUUAUACUGUAAUAUAG